AUGAAGGUUAGAGGUUUGAAAGGUUUAAAACCUUUGUAUUUGACUACCCCUAUAUUCUAUGUCAAUGCCAAACCUCAUGUGGGACAUUUAUAUUCCAUGUUGUUUGCGGAUAUCAGAGCAAGAUGGGAAACUUUGAAUCCCAAAAAGUCAGUAUUUGUUACCACGGGAACUGAUGAACAUGGUUUGAAAAUUCAAAAUGUAGCUUUAAAACAGAAUAUUCCUCCAAAAGAACUUUGUGAUAUUCAUUCCAUGGAAUUCAAAAAGCUAGCCAGCUUGUCGGGAGUUGAUUACAAUAGAUUUAUAAGAACUACCGAUGAAGAUCACAUACUGACGGUGAAAAAAUUAUGGAAUUUCUUAUAUGAGAAAGAUUUGAUUUAUAAAGAUAGUCAUAAUGGAUGGUAUUCGGUUAAUGAUGAGGCUUUUGUACCUGAAAACCAAAUCGAAGAAGUAGACGGCAGGAAAAUAUCAAAAGAAUCGAAGCAUGAAGUAGUCUAUCAAAGUGAAACCAAUUACUUUUUCAAACUCAGUAAGUUCCAAGAUCAACUCAUAGGAUAUAUAGAGAAAAAUCCUGAUUUCAUUAUACCUAAGAAUAAGUACGAUGAGAUUUUAAAAGAAUUGAAGCUGCAACCAUUGAAAGAUUUGUCUAUUUCCAGACCAUCAUCAAGAUUAAAUUGGGGGAUUGAAGUACCUAAUGAUUCUGAACAGAGAAUUUACGUUUGGUUUGAUGCUUUGAUCAAUUAUUUGACUGUUUGUUCACCAGUAUUUGGUCAAAAAAUUUCUUUUCCUGACACCGAUAUUUGGCCACCUACUCAAGUUAUAGGUAAAGACAUUUCAAGGUUUCAUUGUGUUUAUUGGCCCAUCAUAUUAAUGGCUUCUGGAAUCAGUUUACCUGAGCAAAUUGUUGUUCAUAGUCAUUGGCUCAAUGAUGGUUUCAAAAUGAGUAAAAGUUUAGGUAAUGUUGUGGACCCAGUAGACGUCAUUGGUAAAUACAGUGUGGAUGUCAUAAGAUAUUUCUUGAUGCAAAAUUCGAAUCUUUCUAAUGAUUCAAAUUAUUCAGAUUAUCAACUUGUAAGUACAGCAAAUAACUUGACUAACAAAUUUGGUAAUUUAGUAACUAGAAUUGGAUCUCCUAAUUUCAGUAUCGAGGAUUCAGUAAACAUGUUUAAUCAAGGACAAUUCACUGACGUUGAUGAUAUAAUAGGUGAAUCCAAUGCUUCUCUCCUCCAAGUGAGAGACGAGUUGUUGGAUGGUUUAGAUAAAUUACCUUAUUCGAUGGACAAACAUUUCAAAGACUUUGAAUUUCUGAAGGCAGUCAGUGAGUGGUUCAAAAUCAUUGAAUUGGCUAAUCAAUUUGUCACCAUAGCUGAACCAUGGAAAUUGAAAGAAGAAAAAGAUUUGAAAUUUAAGAAUUAUGUUAUUUUGGUAGCUAGUGAAACUGUCAGAAUUUGUACGAUCUUGAUCGAACCUAUCAUGCCUAAUGUCAGUAAAAGAAUCCUUGAUAGAUUGAAUGUCAACCCAGAAAACCGAAACGUGUUUCAUGUCAAACCAUUUGAAGAAAUCAAUUAUGGAGAAGGAGCCAAUGAAAAAGGAGCCGAAAAACCAUUCGAAAAACUUGAAAAAGCAUGA